GCACAGGACGGCGCACAAACAAUGUGAUUAAUUUUACUUCGUUUUUUUUCUACUAUUUUAGAUUAUACAAUUUUAUUAGGCUAAGUAUCGUGAUAUUAUUUAGGUGUCGCGCGAUAGUUAUUUUAAUUUUUCAGUGUAAAUUUUGGUGUUUAGUAUAGAAAUGUCGACAUGAUAUAGAAGCAGUGCACUUAAUUUAUGAUACAUGGAUGGAGUAUUAAGAUGAGAUCUCAUUUCUAUGAAAUAAAAGCUUUGGCCAAACAUUUUAAAUGAAUGUCUACAUAAGAGAGAUCAUAUAAUUACAUUGUAAUAUAGCUGAGAUGUAUUUAUUAAGAAAUCGAAAGAAAUAUAAUGAAAUGCGAAAUGCAUGCAUCGUGAAAAUUUCAUAGUAAUUUUCACUUAAUUUUUAUGUCAUAUUAAAGCAAGGAGAUAAUUCUUACAACACAAUGAUGAAUGAACGCGAUCGCGGGGAACGCGACUAUAUAGGAUUCGCGACUCUACCGGAGCAGGUUCAUCGCAAGUCGGUUAAAAGAGGGUUCGACUUUACGUUGAUGGUGGUCGGGGAGUCGGGACUCGGGAAGUCCACUCUAAUAAACAGUUUAUUUCUUGGAGAUCUUUAUAAAAAUAGGAAAAUACCAGACGUCCAGGAUAGAAUCGAAAAAACAACAACUAUAGAGAAGAAAACUAUGGAAAUUGAAGAACGGGGAGUGAAGUUACGACUCACUAUAGUAGACACGCCGGGGUUCGGAGACGCUAUCAACUGCGAGGAUUCAUGGAGGGUCUGUUCAGCGUACGUUGAUGAACAGUUCAGACAAUACUUCACCGACGAGAGCGGCCUCAACAGACGUCACAUGCAGGACAACAGAGUGCACUGCUGUCUUUAUUUCGUGCCACCCUGGGCUCACAGUUUGCGUCAAGUGGACUUAGAGAUGAUGAGGAGGCUACAUCGGAAAGUAAACAUCGUUGUAGUGAUAGCCAAAGCCGAUUCCCUCACAGCUGCUGAGAUAAGACGACUCAAGACUAGGAUACUUAAUGAUUUAGACGAACAUCAGAUACAAGUGUAUCAGUUUCCUGAAUGUGACAGUGAUGAGGAUGAAGAAUUCAAGCAGCAAGAUCGCGAGCUGAAGGCGGCGGCGCCAUUCGCGGUGGUAGCCUCCGACACCGUAUUGGAGGUCGGAGGGAAGAGAGUGCGCGGGAGACAGUAUCCAUGGGGCAUUGUUGAUGUGGAGAACCCACGGCAUUCAGACUUCACGAAACUGCGCACGAUGUUGAUCUCCACUCACAUGCAGGAUCUGAAGGAUGUGACGCAGGACGUCCACUACGAGAACUUCCGCGCGCAGUGCAUCUCGCAGAUAUCGCAACACGCCAUGCGAGAGAGAGGAAAACUGAAGAGAGAUUCAAUGGGCAACAACACUGAGGUCGUAUUCACCGACACAGAUCGUUUGUUGCUACAGAAAGAUGAAGAGAUACGACGUAUGCAAGACAUGCUAACACAAAUGCAAGAAAAACUCAAAGCUUCCGAUAAAAAACACGACAGUAUUAUCGAUGUAUAGAAAAUAAAUAACUCAUAGAUUAGAAACGUUUUUAUUUGUAAGUUAGAUAUGUUUUUAGAAAAACAUUAUAACUUUUUUAUUAAAAUAAAAUAUUGGAAUAAGUUAUUGUAGGUUGUUAACUUUGAUACUGCAGUAAAUCAAUAUUAAUUAAUGGUAAGCGAACUUACGGUUUUUUACUGUAAAAAUAAUUCAAUUCAAAAAUAAUUUUUGGUUCUUUUUUUGUGUAUUUAAUUUAAAAAAAAACAUAAAUCGUGUCCUCUUAGUAAAUGUAAAUAGUUCUGUGUAGAUUUUAGAUAAUUAAAUGCCAUAGAAAAAUUUACAAUAAAUCCAGAUACGGUCGUCAACAAAUCCUACUAUUUAGUAGCUUUAUAUAUUUAAAAUUAGAAUCGCUAAUUCUACUUAUGUAAUAGUUGAAGCCAGAGAUUGUUCUGAAUCUUUUAUUGUUUAUUUUUCUGGCAACAUUAUUCGAACUUGUAUAACGAGUUAAGUUUAGAGGUUGUAGAAAAUACUAUUAGUAAAUUUGUUUUUUAAUUUAUAAAUGUAUCUAAAUUAAUUUUAUUGCUAUAAGCUAUUUAAAUAAUUUCCAAUUAGUGAUUGGUAUUCUAAAUCGCUUAUUUCAAAUAAAAUGUCCUUCUCUUUCAUUCUCAUAAUAGCUAAAAGUAAGUAGAUUUAAUAUCUCGAUACUGCCAGAUGCGUAUUUUUCAUUAUUUUAUAUUAUUAUUUGUUGAGGUGAAAAAAAAACAAAGUAAUAGAAUAUUAUUUUGCCCACAGAGAUGUACCAAAGUUUAUAAUAUGAAUUUUGUAUUGAUAUUAAUAAUUAAAUUAAUACUUUACGUAUUAGAAAA